AUGAAAAAAAAAAAAGUAAUAAAAUUGAAGGAUGAAUAUGUCCCCAAAGGGAAUUAUAUAAAUAAGGACGCCCUUCUGACUAACAUUUUUUUGAAGACAAGCCAAAAUGAGAUUAUGGAUGUAGAAUCUCAACACUCUUUUAUGGUUACAAAUUGUAUUAGCAAACUUCAAAAAAAAAAUCUUCAAACAAAGUUGAAAGCAUUAAACGACUUGGUGGGUCACUUGAAUCAAUGCAAUGAAGAUGAGCUUAACAAUAUAUUUCCAAGCUUUUUAAAUAUAUACAAAAAAUUAAUAUACCACCCAAAUUAUAACGUCAGAGAAAGUUUAAAUAUUUGUCUUCAAUUAUUUAUUAAACGAAUUAAGAAGAAAAUAAAAAACCACUUACAGAUAUUUUGUCCCCUUUUGUUUAUUUCAAUUUUUGACUACAACAAAAAUGUUAAACAAAUUGCAAAAGAAAUCCUUAGUUUAAUAUUUCCAAAGAAGGAGUUUGAGAAUGAAGAAUUAGUAGAGAUAAAUCAAAAAAAUAGUGAAGAAAAAAAGAAUGUAAAUAAAAUAAAAAUGCAAGAAGAAAAUAAAUUAUAUCAAAAUAUAAAAACAUUAAAUAUAAAUAUUACUAAUUUAUAUAAUUGUUUAAAAUAUAUAAAAGAAGAUUUAGAAGAAGCAGUAACAUCAAAUUUGAAUAAUACAACAAACAAUGAAGAUUAUGAUAGUACUGUUUAUUUGUUUAAUGUUUUAUCGUUUUUUCCAUCUCUUAUAUAUUUACUUGUGAAAAAUAUUAAGAAUGAUAUUGAACAUGAAGAAGUAGUUGACAAAGGAAAUGGUAGUGAAGUUAGUAAAAAAAUGAAUAACAAACUAAAAGAGAGAAUAAAAAAUGAAUUUUCUUGUUUUAAUAAUAUAUAUCAGACAUUUUUUAAACUGUUAAAUAGUGUGUAUAAAAAUACUAAGCAAAAUUUAAAAUUAAGAAAGAUAAUAUAUUUAUCAGUAUAUAAUAUAAUAUAUAUAUUAAAAAAAAAUAAGAUAAAUUAUUUUGAUUUAAAUGAUAAUGAAUCUAAUGUAAAUAUUUAUAAUUAUAUAUGGUGUCUACUUAGUGAUAAAGAAGAAUAUAUUUUAAAAAAUAUUAAUCAUAUUUUAUUAAUGUACUUUUAUUCUGAAAAUAAUAAAAUGAUAAAUAUAAAUUUCUUGAGAAGCUAUUUAUCAUUAGUUAAACAAAAUAGAGUAUAUCAAAGUGAUAUAUUUAAUUUUAAUAUACCUUUAUUUAUUUAUAUAUUUCAAAAAACAUAUAUACAACAAUAUUUUUUUUUCAUUUUUUUUAUAUUCUAUUUCUUACUAUUAAAUAAAAAAAAAUCAUCAUUGAUCAUAUACUACGACAUUCUUUCUCACCUAUGCGAUGUGUUCAGCCCAUUUUAUCAAAGCCAGGUGAAGGUGGAGAAUGUACACAGUCAAAAUGAAGAUAGACAAAAUAGCGGAGAACAGGCUGUGUGUAAAGCUGCAAACAGAGAGUUAGAACUGGUGGAAUGCUGCACUGUAUUGAGAGAGAAUAUAUUUCUUUUGCCACUGGAAAUUAUUUUGAUACAAAAACAGUUUGAAAAUUAUGGAUACUGCUUUAAAAAUAUGGAGAUAUAUGAUGUGCUUGAAAAUACUUACUAUUGCUCUGAUUCAAAAAGUUUGAAAAAAAAAGAAAAAAACAAAAAUAAUGAUAAUAAGAAAAAAACAAAACUAAUAGAUUUACGAAAAAAUAUAGAAAAAGAAAUUAUUAAUGAAAAUGAAUUUAUAGAUAUAUUUACAAAUUUUAUAAGUUCAUUUGAAAAUUUAUAUGAUGUAUUAUUGAUUGAUGUUCUUGAUAUGCUAGACUUUUAUAUCACUAAAUUAUUUGAAAAUAAAAAUCCAAAUAUUUCAAAUGAUGAAAUAUUGUUAGACAAUACAAAAGAGAAAACUACAAAUGGUGAAAAAGGUUCUUACAUAUAUAAUGACGGAAUUAACUUUAUUUUAAAACUACUCUUAAAAUUAAAAAAUUUAACAUUUAAAAAUAAUAACAAUAAUGAUAGUAAACAGAUUGAUACGUCAAAUUUUAAUUACACUCAAGAACGUUUUAUAAAUACUUUUAAAAAUGUAUUUGAUUCUAUUUUUAAUUUAAUUAAAUUAAAAUAUUAUGAAAUAAUUCCAAAUUUAGAAAACAAUUUUUUUAUUCUUCAUUUUGUUUGUAAUCAUACUAAUGACAAAAAUAAAUAUUUUACAAGUUUAAUAAAUAUAUUUAAAUUUUUUGAGAGUAUAAUUUGUUCCGAAAAUUUUGAAAAUGACAUAUAUUUUUCCCUUAUUCGGGUUUGCCUAAAUUUUAUAUAUUUAUUUUACGAGGAAAACAUUGGAGACCCCCCACAGUUGGCAUCUAACUUAGCGAAGACUCUGCUCGAGACCCCAUUGAACAAGCAAAGCAUAGAAGUGAAACUGAAAGUGUGUAUAGAACUAAUAAAUUUUAUGAAGAGCAAAAAUAAGAAAAUAUUUAACAUAGAAGAAAGAGUUUUAUCGAUUUAUACAGAAUAUAUUUCCAUGCCAUUAUCUAAAAAUAAUCUAAAUAAUAACAAAAAAAAUAAUGAAGAUAAUUUAGUUCAAUCUUUUUAUACAGUAUUAUAUAUUGAUUUUUCACAAGAUAAUAUUUUAUUUGGAAAUAAUUUUUACAAUAAUAUAUUAUAUAUAUAUAAAAAUAGAAUGAUAAAAAAUAAAAUGUUUUGUGAAGACAAUUUUGUUGAAUUUUUUUUUAAAAUUUUCAACCAGACAAAAUUUGGUGUAUCAAAAUAUGGGGUAGGAACUUUUGGACUUAUAGAAAAUGAAAAAGAUUAUGAAAUACUAAAUGAUUUAUAUUUAUAUUUUCUUUUAAAUAUAUAUUUAAAAAUAAAUCAAAAAGAUAUCGAAAUAUAUUGUAUUAAUUUAUUUUCAUGCUUGAAAAAAGAAUCUAUUUAUUCUUGUCUAAUUAUGAUGAAAGAUAUUUUUAAAUUCUUUUCAACAAAUUGUGAAUAUGAUAAUACUCUUAAGUUUUCUAAUACUGACACAAGUGAUUCUGAAAGAUUUAGUAGCAAAGCUUAUGAUGAUUCCGAUUUAUCAGAUGUACAUAAUUUUCAUUUUACAUCUACAGAGUAUAGUAGCAAUUCAUCUGACAGUCGAGCAAAUAGUUGGAAUGCUAACAAAAAGGGGUUGAAAACAAAACGAGGGUCUCAAACUUGCUGCAUAUUAGGGACAGUAGCUAACGGAAUAGUGACUUGCUCAGUAAGUUCGUCGGAACAUGGUGAAAACUGCCAAAAAUUUGAGGAUCACAACAGAGAGGAUAUGCGAAUUUGCUUGGAAAUGCAUCAAAACCAUGUCUUAAGUGACGUAUAUAUACACCGACUGUUGUUGUUGUACAAAUUAUAUAACAAUAUAAAAUUGCUAACUAUGCAUGAUGUAAAAAAUAUUACUUAUUUAUUUUAUGAUGAGGAAAUGAAAAAUUGUUUAAACAAUUCAGGGGUACCCAUUGUGACAAAUAAUAACAAAAUUGAAAAUUCUGUGAAUGAUACAACAAAUUUAGAUUUAUUUUUUUGUUUCCUUUAUCAAAAUAUCGAAUGUGAAGAAUUUGUUUUUUUCUUAGCAUCAUUAAAAGAAGAAUUAGAAAAAAAUAAAAUAAAUAGAUGUAAUAAAUUUGAACUCUUUUUUAUAAUAUAUUAUCAUUAUUAUAUUAAAAAAAAAAAAAAAGGAAAAAAAAAAUAUUUGAAAAGUGUAAAUAUUAAUGAUACAUCCAUUUCAGAUAUUAUUUAUAUUAUGAGCAACGUUAAAAAUUAUAAAAUUUUAAAUAUAUGUAAAAUAUUAUUGAAAAGACGUAACUAUGAAGACGAAGGAGAAUAUAUGAUAACCCCAAUAAAUAAAUUAUUUUUAGAGACAUGUUCUAAUGAAUUAAUAAAUUUUAAAGCAAAUAGUUUGUAUCAGUUGAAAAUUAAAUUAUUUAUGUUUAAAGAGUGUGUAGUAAAAUAUGUAAAGAAAUAUAACUAUUAUAUAGAAAGAAACGAAGUAGGCAAACAUAAUCAAGUAGAUCAUACUGAAUCAUAUAGUGAUAAAAUUAGUAAGAUAAAAAAGAUGGUUCCAGAAAAUUUACAUACCUAUAUAGAUAAAAAUUUUAGUUUAACAUUAUGUGAAAAAAAUGAAAUUGGAAGUUUGAAUUUGAUGUAUCAUAUUAUAUGUAUUAGUAAAUAUGUCCAUAAUUACAACUUAUUUAAUUUUACACUUGUUAAAGAUUUUAUUAAAAAUAUAAAAUAUUUAUCUCAAAAAAAUUAUGAUAUAUAUUUCUAUGCUAUACAUCUAAUUGUUAGCAAAGAAGAAGGAGAAGUUUAUCCUUCAGAAAUGCAAAAUGUAAAACCCAAAAUUAUAUGUGAUAGCGAUGAUGAAACAAACAAAAUAGAUGAAAACACAUUUUUUGAAACAAACAAAAUAAUUAUAAAAAGUUGUUUAAAUAAUUAUCUUUCUUUUUUAAAUGGACAUUACAAAAAAAUAUGGAACAAGCAGAUCCUUUUUUACAAAAAAAAAGUAAAAAGUAUAGACAGUGUGUUAGGAAAUCAAUUAAAAGAAGGUGGGAAAAAAAUAAAGACAGUAAAAACAGGAAGAAGAGAAAGUAAUUCAUCAAAAAUAAAAAAAAUAAAACAAAAUGAAGAUAUAUCACCAAAUUUUACAGAUACUAUUUAUGGACAAAAUAAAAUGGGAUUACAUUUUCUAAAAUUUAUAAUAUUUUUAAUGACGAAAAAGGAUAAAUUCGAAAUAAUUGAAGAUGUAAAUAUGAUGAAAAAUCUAAUUAAACUUAUUUAUUUUAUAUUAUCUAUAAAUCAAUGUAAAAAUUCACUUGUACAUAAAAAAUUAGUAUUGAUAAGUAUAGAAGUUUUGAAAGAGCUGAUGGGAAAUUUUUCUCAUUAUUUAAAUGGAACUAAAAAAAUAAAUUUCCUAUCUUUAUAUUUAGGUAUAGAUAAUUAUAAAACUAUUUUUAAUCAACAUAAUAGAUCAUUAUUUAUUUUAGAUGUAAUCGAUCAAAAUAAUAUAACUAAUGAAAUGCUACGAAGAAUUAAAAGAAGAAUAUUUGAUAUGUAUAUAAGCACAUACUAUUUAUAUAUAUUAAUUUUAAAUUUAGAUAAAUAUAAAAAAAAUACUAUACUUAUUUAUAGAAUAUUAAAUAUAUUAUUAUUAAAUAAUUUAUUUAUAAAAGAAUUACAACAAAUUAAAAAGAAUAAUCAAAAACUGUUUGAAAUUUUAAGUGACUACUUAUUUAUAGACGGGAAUUUUCCAAAUGAAUUUUUAUACUCGUUUUUCAAUUCUAAUAUAGCCGAAUACGAAGAAUUAAUUAUAAACAAAAUAUAUAAUGAAAAAAAUAGUGACAUUGAAAGUGAAUCCAUGGACAAUAUCUCUAGAGCAUCCUACAAUCAUGAAGACGUUGAAAAUAGUGAGCAUGAUCAAAAUAGCGAGCAUGUUGAAAAUAGUGAACAUGAUGAAUCAAUCAAGAAAGUAGAAGAUACUGAUUGGGAUGAUAAUAUAUCAUUAGGAAAUCAAGUAUAUUUUCAUAAAACUGAAAGUGAUUUUUUUAGUGACAACAAUUGUUUAAGUAGUAGUAAAGUUUCUAAAAAUGAAAAAACUUCUGACCAAAUUGCUAACCAUUUAAAACUAAAGCAAAAUGAAUCAUCUACAUCACAAUGCCAAACAGAUCCAUUAAAUAGUAACCAAACUCAUGUUAGUUUUGUAAAUGAGUUUGAAAAAAGAGAAGUUGAGCCUACACAAAAUUCACAAAUUUCGCAAAGUAGCAACACGAGUAGCGCUGGUAAAAAAAAGAAAAAGGCAAACCCGCUAUUUAUGUUAAAAAGCGGACUCACAAACCCAUUUUUAAUGAUCGAUUUAGAUAAGAAUAUUUUAGAUUUAUAUAAUUUUUUAUUAAAAAGAAAUUAUUUAAGCAUAUUAUUAUUUUUAGUAAAUAUAUGUCUUUCCUCUGAAUAUUUUAUAUAUGAUUCAGAAUUAUACAAAAACUUCUUAAUAUAUUUAGAAGAACAUGAUGUUGAUAUUUAUAACUUUUUGGAAAAGUUCGAGGGUAUUGAUGACAUAAGUUAUAAUAGUAGUGACUCCGAUACAAAAUAUGAUUUAAACCUUCUCAAAAAAAAUGAAAAAAAAAUGUACAUAUUUUUGCUCACUAUAAAUCUAUUACUUCAGCUAAUUGCAGUAUAUCCAACCAAAUCUAUAAUGACAAUAAAUGAAAAUAAAUUAUUAGAAAUAAAAAAUAUUAAUGAAUUAUACUUAUCAAAUUUAAUUAUAAAUAAUCAAAUAAAUGAAUUGGAAAAUAUUUCAAAAAAUUAUAAUAGUACAACAUAUUAUUAUGAUAAAUUUCAUAAAACUCUUACUUUUAAAUUUAAAAUAACAGAAGAUGAUGAUACUCAAAAUUUCGAGGGUGUUACUGCUAAACUUUCUCUCAACUUCAUGCCAAAUUACCCCUUCUCCGUUCUGAUCAUAAAUGACAAGAUCGAGGCACUCGACAAACGAGCCCCCAUACAUAACUCCAUAAAGAGUAUGUACAAAUAUGCCCGUAUAGGAAACAUAAAUGAGAUAUUUAUAAAAUUCGAUAGUCUUAUGAAUACAUAUUUCCAAAACAAAUCACAAUGUAAUAUCUGUUUUAUGAUAUUACAUGAUAAAAAAACAUGCGAUAAAACAUGUUCAAAAUGUCGCACUUCCUAUCACAGUUACUGCCUUCAUAAGUGGUUUUUGACUUCUCAUAACACAAAAUGCCCAUCCUGCCAAAUCCAGUUUAGCUAA